GACGAUUGCGGUGUCACCUUUGAUGUACUAAAGAGGUAGACGGUGGCCCCUAAAAGCCGCUACAUACAGUGCGACCGGCCUCUUUACAUUUAAAAUGCAAUGUUAAACCUUAUUUUUUCCCCAUCCUCUGCCUUGAGAGACGUCAUGGUAGGUGUUUUGGCCACACCCGGACUGUGUCCAAUUAAGUUUGUAGUCUUUCAUACUACAGCAAUGCAUUUAACAUUGCUCUAGUUUUGGUUUCUUCUCGCAACCGAAUAGUGGUUUUGAUGGGUAGACUUAAAGAACUCGGGUCUCCAGUGUUCAACCUCAAGUUGGACCACUCCCUGCUCUGGCGCUCCGCCCCCUUUGGUCCAUGUACUAAACGAUAAACAUGUACAUGUGUAUCUAUGUGCACAUAGAAAUUUGACAGUCAAUGUACAGACACGUUUUUGUCUUUCCGAACCACACAGCAACGGACUCGUGGACUACCAGUGACAAAAUGGUCGGCUUUUCGUUUGGCAUGCCGCGAAUUAAAAACCGAAAAUGAGCAGCAGGGAAACUUUGUACGGUGCGGUCAGCCUCCGAGAGGAUCGAUCUACUGUACGAUUUCUUUUUCAAUCACGAGGGGGCGCUAAAAAGUGAAACUUCUUUGUGCCAUCAAUAGCAGUCUUGAGUUAAAUCUUGUUUUGCAAAUUCCGGUUUCUGAGAGUCGAUCCUUUUCUGAAAUAUGUACACACGACGCUUUGUGUGGGUUUGGCUGGUGUUGUCUUUUCCCACUGAAGUCAUUGUGCCGUUAGACAAAGACGACGAUUGUCAGGGGGCGCUUGCAAGUCAAAUUUCCCCAUGGCAGGUGUGUUUGACUUAAUUCUCAGCAAACAAACUGCUCCAUGUCCGUAAUCCAAAUGUUUACGAUAGCGAUCAACUUGAAGCCGGCAACAAGGGGCGGGUUCCUAAUGGAGGGGGGAGGUCAUGCUAACAUGGCAAGAUACAAAGUAUGGUACGUUGUUUCUAGAGAUCGUUCUGUCAUUAUGAUACAGAUUUACUCAGUCUUGGUUUGCGGUUCCAACGAAAAUGUUUUCCCAAGCCACAGAAAUAUGUCUUGUCAUUGAAAGGCUUUUAAUUAAUCGACCCAGAUCGCUAACCGGAAAACGCAAGAGAUCUUGAAAGUGAAACCCUACGUAUACUUGCAGUGAUUGUCUUCCAACAGAGCAGAGCUUGAAUUUGUUUCAAACACUUAGAGAUUUCGGAGAAGUCUGGAUAUGCUCUGUUAAUGUUGGCGCACCACCAUGCAUAGGGAUAAUAAGAGGUCUGUCGGGGUGUAAUUCUCCCCAUGAUACCCGCCGCUUGAUGAGCGGUGUUGACCUCUGGCGAGCAAGUCUGUUGUUUUGACGGCACCCACCCACACGUACACACACACACGCACGCCGUACAUGUACUGCACUUAACGGCAAGGCGACCGUACUUCGCCCGGUGCAUUCCUGAGAUUGCGGGGUCAGAUGUUCACCUCGGCGUGAACCCGGCUUGUCUCCGGCGGACGUACGUACGUACGUACGCGCCACUCACGGCCCAGAUAAAGCUACGAAACAAUAAGUCGUCGUGAGAAAAAAAAACUGGCAGUGUUGGAAUCCAGGCGGGAGUUGCUUGUCGGGAGAACUGUAUAUCUGUCGGACGGGGUAAGCAUUCGCUCUGGUUACAUGAACUGAUGUCAACAGUCAAGCAGCGUUACUGUGGUCCGUGGUUCGACGAAUCGAGGCUUUCAUGUCUACUACAGGUCUGGAAGAUAGUGAGAAUUACUCUCGGAGAAGCAGUGAAAACCGCGGCGAAUGGAAAUUGAGGUCGACAGGGUGUCAGUCGGAGCAUGAGCCCGGCCAAAGUGGGCGAAAAGACGGCAUUAUUUCCGCCCCAGCGGGCCCGACUGCAGCUGGGAUUGCCCCAGGUGCCCGGCACGCUACCGCCAUCAUUCCCCGUCAUGGCUUGCCGGGAGAAGCCUCUCACCGGCGUUGUCUUAUCUCCGGGCUCGCCCGCUACCUGCCCCGUGGUGAAUAGCGGCCUGGCGUGGUACCGGCGACUGCCGGGUCGCAACAGGCAUCACCGGCUGGGGCCCCUCUCCGAAGAAAACAAAACUCUGGCGGUAAACGAGCGGGCUGCCUCCGGGUUGAGUGGAAGUGGGAAGCGGAACUUGACAGGCACACACUCCUCGACCAAGAGUACCUCCAGCAGCACAACAAAGUCGAAAACAUCCCUGAGAAACAAGUCGGACGACCGGGUUAGUUCGAAGAAAGAAAACGGCAAAACAGCCAGGCACAGACCGCAAGAUUCAGGACCCAGUUUUGACACACCCUCACGAACACAACGCAUGAGCUACCCACCUUGCACGGGACAAAAUCACUCGACUGAGCUGGCUGAACUCCCGGCAUUAAAGCAAUCGACAUCGUGUCCGGUACUGUGUGAUUUAGACAAUUUAACUAUCACGCCAAAGAAGACGGCACAACAAGGUACCACUCCUCAUAAAAGUACACGUCCCUCGGACAAGACAAUGACUAGACAGGGAACCAGUGGUCACCACAAAACCAAACAGGACUGUAUGAAACGAUACGGGGAACAUGACCGACUCAAUGUCCCGGAUGCAAACAUUGGAAGGCAAAGACGCUCUCACCAGCGAACGAGGAACAGUCGAGAGGAAGCAAGAACCCAGAGACCCAAGCCCCCAUGUUGGCAAGAUCUACCUCAAGAGCAGACCGUGAGCGGUGCCAGCGGACAGGAAGCGAUCGCGACGCACACCUACGCCGUGCCGGAAUCCGUUCACAGUGUUCCCGGGUAUCGUUGUGACAGCGCCACCACCCGGUCGACCGCCGAAUCGGAGCGGCGAGCCAUGCGCGCCAACAUCAGGCGGACGCGUAGUCGCGUCAUCGACAGCAAGGAGAUUCCCAAACACGAGGCCGUGCUGUCGCUGUCCCAGACCAAACCCAGCGAGUUCCACCUCCGCAAGACCUACCACGAUGACACUGUCUACCUCUUGGAGAACGCCCAGCGGUGUCGCAAGUGGCUGGCGGAUCUGAAGGAGUCUGACGUCACGCCGCUCGUGGACGAAUCAGAGAGCAGUCGCAGGUUGGAGGAAGAAAUUGUCACGUGUGACGUGGAAAUCUCAAACGAGAAAUGGAACUUCCUAGGGUCGCCAUACCCGUCGUCAAGCGACUGCAGUUCAGAGGAUUAAGACAGACACGAUACUUGCAAAGUCUCGAAGUCGAUGUUUGACUGAACUCAGAUCUCUCGUUGAUGUUGACUUUGACAUGAAUCGAAAACAACGCUACUUGGAAUCAUAUUGCGAAAAUGCAUUCAUACUGGGGCAGAAUGCAACGGUUCAAUCAGGAUUUACGGUUGGCGGUGCUGAUGGCGGCCCCACGAGUGACAAUAUGCGAGAUCUUGACUGCUGUUUAAAUGACAGUGUUGAAAAUGAUCUUUCGAGUAACUCCGAAACGUAACCGAGUUCCAAAAGACUUCCCGAAAGGGCAACGAAUGGAGGACCAUUUACACAAACAUGUCACCUCUUGUAUAGAGUUUUUUUCUACAGUUUUCAGUAUGCAUGCUAGCAAUAUCGAACACAGUGGUAAUGAGAAUUUUCAAAAUUCUAAUAAAAAUAUAUUUAAAGGACAACUCUGGGUUAAUCUUUGAACCAUUUUGGUGUUCCCUUAAAAAUUAACGUCAGCAUUUAUCGUUUAUAUUGUAAAGUAGAGGUUUAUGCUUAAACUAGUGGUUCGAAAAAUACUUCAACUGCCAGUCAUCGGUUUUCUGAACUUUUUUAUGGCAUGCGUAUUAAGAACAAACAAUUCUUCUGUUGUUAAUUGCAUGAGAGUUGUUUUGAAAUCGUUACUGUGGGCUAUUACACUCCAGUGCUGAAAUUUUUA